CUUUUCCACAAUGCAGACUGGUUUACAAAAGAGGAAGUCGCGUUCCAAACAAUUGGCGAAGGAUACCAAUGAAAAGCAAAGUUCAAAAAAUUUUGCGGAAGAUGUCUCAACGAAAACAAAUGGCGGAGAAAAUAAAAAAUCCUCACAACCAACAGUGAGUGCUGAGAAUCAGGAUAGCGAAGAAGAAGAGGAAAUUCCUACUCUUAAUGCAGAAAUUGAUGAUGAGAAUGGAAACGAACAAGAGUCAUUAAGUGAUUUUAGCACUCCAGAAUUGUCCGAGGACGAUUAUGAAAAUCCAGAAGAAGAUGAGGAAGAAUUGGACCGUGAGAUUGAUGCUGGCUAUUCUUCUGACUCUUCCACGGAAGAUGCUCCUGUAGGAUUAUAUCCAUCUCCGUAUGAUGAUAAUCUCUAUAUUGACUACGAUAUAGAUGGAAAGAAAAUCACGCGCCCUGCGACACCAGCUGCGCUUGAUUCUUUGAUUGCCAGCAUUGAUAAAGACAAGGGAUGGACGGGUAUCGUUGAUCCUACGACAGGUCAGCCCGUGAACUUAACUACUGAAGAACUUGGGUUGUUGAAACGUCUUGCCCAGUCUCAAGUACCCGAUGAAGACUUUGACCCGUACCCGGAUUAUGAUGAUUUCUUCACAAAAGACGUUCAACUCACUCCCGUUUCUAGUGCUCCUGAACCAAAAAGACGGUUUGCCCCUUCUAAAAAUGAGGAAAAACGUAUUUUGCAGCUUGCUUAUGCUAUUCGUAAAGGUCAUAUUAUGACUCCUGCGCAACGAGCUGAGCAGGAGAAAGAGCGUAAAUCAGAGUUUGCUGAUCGUGAUUUGUGGGCCGAUGAUGAGGAAGCUACCGUAAGUAAGCAUCUUGAUUAUGCACCAGCACCUAAGCUUCCCCCUCCAUCCCAUGAAGAGAGUUAUAAUCCUCCUGAAGAGUACCUCAAGAAGGAUUCCAAGAAAUAUCCUUCAUUGCGUCUAGUACCUGCUUAUACCAAUCUUAUCAAGGAACGUUUCGAAAGAUGCUUGGAUCUUUAUUUAGCCCCUCGUGUUCGUCGAUCUAAACUGAAUAUUGACCCAGAAUCUCUUCUUCCUAAAUUGCCUAGUCCUUCUGAAUUGCGCCCGUUCCCUACUCGCUGCACUAAUGUAUAUAUUGGUCACAAGGGUCGUGUUCGUUGUAUUUCUGCACAUAAGGACGGUAUUUGGUUGGCUAGUGGCGGUGACGAUGGCGUUUUACGAGUUUGGGAAAUUCUUACGGGUCGUUGCGUUUGGAAGUGUGCCUUGGAUGGUUUCGGAAAUGUCCAAAAUGCCGAGUCUGAUACAGAAGAUACUGAAAAGACUAACAAGUCUUCUAUCAUUCAAUGCCUUGCUUGGGGUCCGCUUUCCGAGGUACCUGUCUUGGCCGUUGGUGUUGACGAGACUCUCUAUUUCAUUACUCCUCCUCUUUUCUCUGCUGAGCAAAUGGAAAAUAGUAAGGAACACUUCACUUCGAACCCUUAUCAAGAAUCCAGUGCUGUUUGGCGUAGAGGUCCUAAGAAAUCAUUGAAUCUGAAUGGUGCCAUCGUUCAUGCAACCGUCAGUACUUCUUACUCUAUCAAGUCUUUGUCCUGGCAUCGCCGUGGUGAUUAUAUUGCUACAUGUUCUCCGACUGCAUCUGGUCGUGCUGUACUUAUUCAUCAGCUCUCACGUGGGGCUAGCCAGUCCCCAUUCUCGAAAUCCCGUGGUUCUGUUCAAUCUGUCGCUUUCCAUCCGACUCAACCCUAUCUUUUAGUGGCUACUCAACGUUAUGUUCGCAUAUACAACCUUGUCAAACAAGAACUUGUGAAGACACUUUUGGCAGGCGUGAAAUGGAUUUCAAGUAUCAGUGUGCAUCCUAGUGGUGAUCAUGUCAUCAUCGGGUCUUAUGAUAAAAGACUUUGUUGGUUUGACUUGGAUCUAUCUUCUAAGCCUUACAAGACACUUCGUUAUCAUACUCGUGCUCUUCGUGAUGUUUCUUAUCAUCCCACGUUACCUUUGUUCUGUUCCGCCUCAGACGAUGGUGAUGUCCAAGUCUUUCACGGACGUGUUUACAACGACUUGCUUGCUAGUCCUUUAAUUGUUCCUCUCAAAAUUUUACGCAAUCAUAAAGUUGUUGAUAAUGUUGGUGUUCUUUCAAGUAGCUGGCAUCCUCGCGAGGCCUGGUUAUUCACUUCUGGCGCUAGUGGUGAAAUUAGAAUGUGGACUUAAUUUGAACUUGGUAAAGCGUGAGAUGAAUGCUUACAAUUUUUACUUUUGGCUAUAGGGUUCUUAAGUUUUGUUUGACGAAUUUUUUAAAAUACUUAGAUUAAAACUGGCAUUAUUGGUUUAGAUGAGUUAACUGGGAUAUUUAAUAAGGAUUUUUUGGUCUAUUUCAAGUAACAGCUUACAUAUACACGACUUUUUACAGUUUUCAUGAUCAUAAAC